AUGGCCAUAGCUUGUCCUCUGUUCUUAAACUGUGUGUGGCUUUGGUGGGGCUGCAUGUGCUCAUUGGGCUCCUUGCUGGCUGUGCGUGGACACAUCCCUGCACCCCAUGGUCCCCCAGAUUUGGAUGUGCAUAAUUGUCCUGCUUCUACACAAAGCCAACUGCCUGAAGAGCAGCUGUCGGUGCGAAGACCAAACCUGUAUGUGAGCAACCAUGGGGGUAGUGGAAGGGAGCCUGAAGUGCUUAAGGUGGCCAGCAAGCUAUCCUGGGCUGUGCUGUCACCUGAUGCAAACUCACCCCUUGCUGGCACGUCCCGCAUCCGGUCCCCACGGGACAGCGGUGCCACCCCCCAUGGACGUGACAAUAUUUCGGCUUCUGGAGGUCGCUAUUUUUGCGCGGUGGUGACGGCGAGGUUGGCCCCGCUCCUGCCUGUGCGGGGGUGCGGCCGGCGCCACCUGACCCCGGCGGCGGUGGUGACAGCGGAACUAAAGAGAGAAGUAACAGUGCUUUGCUGUAGGAGCUACCACAGAGGUCUUGGAAAGAGCAGCGAGCACUUCUGGGGAGAUGCUCAGACCCUCUUGGUGCAGAGAAGCACUAUUGGGAAAGGGAAUCUUACAGAAGAUGCAUCUAUGGCCUUUAAAAUGCUCUACUUUUUGUUUUCCCCUGCAGUUUCACAACCACAGGCUGUACAUAGCCAGCUGGAGAAGCCAUCCAGUACUGCAAUUCUCUGCAAUACCUGUGGAAAACCAUGCAAAGGAGAAGUUUUGAGAGUUCAGAACAAAUAUUUCCAUAUUAAAUGCUUUGUUUGCAAAGCUUGUGGAUGUGACCUGGCUCAAGGAGGAUUUUUUGUGAGACAGGGAGACUACAUCUGUACUUUGGACUACCAGAGACUCUAUGGCACACGCUGCUUCAGUUGUGAUGAAUUCAUUGAGGGAGAAGUGGUCUCGGCACUGGGCAAAACCUAUCACCCAGACUGUUUUGUGUGUGCUGUCUGCAGGUUGCCUUUCCCUGCGGGUGACCGGGUAACUUUUAAUGGGAAGGAAUGCAUCUGCCAGAAAUGUUCCCUGCCCCCUGCCAGCAGCACUGGCUCCUUCCCUGUACAGAACCUGAGAAAUUGUGGGGGCUGUGGUUCAGAAAUAAAGAAUGGUCAGUCCUUGGUCGCCUUGGACAAACACUGGCAUUUGGGCUGUUUUAAGUGCAAUACAUGUGGCAAGCUACUGAAUGCAGAGUAUAUCAGCAAGGAUGGGGUUCCGUAUUGUGAAACAGACUACCAUGCCAAGUUUGGGAUCAGGUGUGACAACUGUGAAAAGUACAUCACAGGAAGAGUGCUCGAGGCAGGAGAGAAGCAUUAUCACCCAACCUGCGCACGAUGUGUCAGGUGCAAUCAGAUGUUUGCAGAAGGAGAAGAAAUGUAUCUUCAAGGAACAUCCAUUUGGCAUCCAGCUUGUAGACAGGCUGCAAAGGCUGAAGAAAAAAACAAGGAAACUAGGACUUCCUCUGAGAGUAUUAUUUCUGUACCUGCUUCAAGUACAUCAGGUUCCCCAAGCCGUGUGAUCUAUGCAAAGCUUGGAGAUGAAAUUCUUGACUACAGGGACUUGGCUGCUCUUCCUAAAAAUAAAGCCAUCUAUAACAUUGACCGCCCAGAUAUGAUCUCCUAUUCUCCAUAUAUCAGUUACUCUUCAGAUGACAGGCAUAGUUACGGGGAGGGUGACCAAGAUGACAGAUCUUUCAAGCAGUACAGGACAUCAAGUCCUAGCUCUGCUGGCUCCUUGGGCUAUGGUCGGUACACCCCCACCUCCCAUUCUCCUCAGCAUUACAGCAGACCAGGCAGUGAAAGUGGUCGGAGCACUCCAAGCUUAUCCAUGUACUCUGACAGCAAAUCUUCACCUUCUGUCUAUCAGCAGGCUCCUAGGCAUUUCCAUAUUCCAGACACUGGCGUAAAAGAUAACAUCUAUAGGAAACCUCCUAUCUACAAACAGCAUGCAGCAAGAAGAUCAGAAGGGGAGGAUGGAAGCUUGGACCAGGACAGUAAGAAGCUGAAGAGCAGCUGGCUGAUCCUGAAAGGGGAUCUGGAGACCAGAACCAACUCCCCGGACUCGGAGACGCGCUCGCUGUCACUCACCGCCAGCAGCGACCGGGCGCAGGAGGGCACGGCCAUGCCGUACUGCCGAUUUCCAUAUUCUAAGUCUGCUUCUCUACCUGGCUAUGGAAAGAAUGGCUUACAUCAGCCUGAAACUAUGGGUCAAUAUGAAACGGACCAGGAUGCAAGCUGGGGGAUGAAAGAAUACAAGAUUUAUCCCUAUGAAACACUUAUUGUAACAAACCGAGUCCGUGUGAAAUUGCCCAAGGAUGUGGACAGGACCAGGCUGGAGAGGCAUUUGUCCCCUGAAGAGUUCCAGGAAGUCUUCAAAAUGAGUAUUGAGGAAUUUGAUCGUCUGGCACUUUGGAAGCGGAAUGACCUGAAGAAAAAGGCCCUGCUUUUCUAAACCCUCCCGGAUAAAAUAUAUGCUUAAUCAAAACAAAAAUAGUCUUGCCAGAACUAUCACAUGCACUUGCUGUUGAACCAUUGUCCAGCUUCAUUGUGUUAGUAUGUGUCGGGGAAACAAGACAGAUUAGAUGGUAAUGUGUUAGGAUACAGAGAAUUUGCUAAUCUUGCAUUUCCAGCUGGUUUUGUCAGUAACUCCUGGUCCUACCCAGUUUGCAAUGUGCAAAAAAAAAAAAAUCUAGCUUUAAAUUUAUUGUUGCUUGCAUUUGUUGCUUGAUGCAAAUGGAAAUUCUGAAAGGAAGAGAAAAAAGUGUAGCUGUACACAGGAAAUGCAUCCAACAUUUUAUUCCAUUCAGUUUUAUAAUGCAAUUUUUACAAAACCAAGUAAGUAAUUAUUAUAGAAAUUUGCCAGCAGGGGAUCAGAUGCUGUUAAAAAUAUGGUAAAAGCCAAAGAAAAGCAUAUCCGCAAGCAAUUACUGCAAUUGUUUAUCUGUGGUACUUUUUAAGAAUGAAAGCAGGAAUAUGGAAGCACCUUAAUUCUACUUCUUAUAUUUAAACACAGUGUACUCUUUAAAAGAUCAUAUUUGUCUAGAAGGUAACUAGCUAUCUUUAAUUAUAACACCAGAGAUUUUAUUUUAUUAAGAAUAUAUUGAGACAUAAAACGGUUAUAGUUACUAAAAUGUAUACAGACCUACUACGAUUUAGUUCCAUUCAUCAGGAAAACUGAAGCCUUAUACAAAACUGGUUGAAGAGUGUAUUGUGCCAGUUGACUGUGUUUUCCUGUUAGCCUGGGGUGUUUGAAGAAUGUUUUUUUUACAUUUCAUGCUGAUGAAAUACCAUGUAAUCUUAAUUACUAUGUAGAUAGAUAUAUCUAUCUAUAAAAGAAUUAUUUUCAUUAAUAUAUGUCCUAAGUGAAGGCAUUCUUACUUUCUCAACUUUCCAUCUUUACACAGUAAGCCAUGAGAACUGUGAUGGCAUUUGGUAAUGGAAAUGGAACAGUUCAGCAUAAAAUGUAACAAAAAAAAAAGCUUGGUGUGCUCUAUCAGUAAUACAGACAAUUAGAAUCAAAUCCAUAGAACCCUCAUGCAUUUCUAUUUGCAUGUUUCUGUACAAGUCAAUUUGAAAAAAACAAAAACAAACUAUGUGAUACUGGUGCAGUACCUUGAAAUUAUCUUAAAUAACAAGCAAAGCUAACAAAAUCUAAGCAUUUGAUAUAAGUGUUAGACCUUAAUAUCUCUUCCAGCUGAAAGACUGUAUUAAAUUCAAUAGUUUCAUUUGGUCGGAGGUAUGGUUGCUGACAAAGAAUGUUUUAAAGUGAGUUGCUAGUUUUUUGUGAUACUAAAUGAGCAUUACAAAAAGUACAUUUUUCAGCCAUGUGUCAGUAUUCUGCAUUUUUACUGCCUUGGAUGUUUGUACUCACCUCCUAGUUCACUAUGUCUUUUCGCAUUUCCUUAAGGUAACUGGUUAAUAUAUGCACUACAACACACUAUUUCAACUGACCCAGCGUUGGAAAAGUCAUAGCAUUGAACAUGCCUUCUCCCAACUAACUUUCAGAGUCCAUGCUGUUGGAAAUAAAUAUUUUCUCAUCACCUAAAUGUUUUGUCUGAUUAUAACAAUGUUUAAAAAGAAUCAUUAAAACAAAGACAUAACUGAA